CACUGGCUAGCUUCUCCUCUCUGCCUCACUGACAUUCUCCUGCCCAGCCACCUCUAUCACCCAUGGUAUGGGUAAGGAGAUGGGGUACAACACACUUGGAAAAUCAGUCUAGAUACCAUAUCCAGCAAAGCCAGCGGCACCAGGUGAAGCAGUACUUGACCCUUGACACCAAGCUGUCCAGCCAGACUCUCUCCCUGUCCCACUCCCACACAGUCCAGCCCACAGGAGUGACCUCUAUUUUUAGGAACGGACACAUGCCUCCAGUCAGUGAUAUUGGCACACCAGAGAGUCCCGUGACCAAGCUGCUGGCCCUUGGAGGAGAACAUGAAAAUGCGAUGGAAGAGGUUAUUGAAGACAUAAUCAAUAUGGAAUCAAGCUUUAAUGAUGAAGGGAUAGGUUGCUCUGAAACGCCUCUUCUGAUGCAACGAACUCUAUCUAGCAGCAUUUUGGAUAUAUAUAACAGUGACCAGGGAAUGGCACCAGCUAAUAUGAGUCUCACAAAUGCUUCUUGUCCAGCUAAUCUACCAGUAAAAAGGGAACUCACAGCAGAUACGCGAGCAAUGGCCAAGGAGAGACAAAAAAAGGAUAACCACAAUCUCAUUGAGAGAAGAAGAAGGUAUAACAUUAAUUACCGAAUCAAGGAGCUUGGCACGCUCAUCCCCAAGUCUAAUGAUCCUGAUAUGCGCUGGAACAAAGGAACUAUUUUAAAAGCAUCAGUGGAGUACAUCAAGUGGCUACAAAAAGAACAACAGAGAGCCAGAGAAUUAGAACACAGACAGAAGAAAUUAGAGCACGCUAACAGAAGACUUCUACUUCGAAUUCAGGAACUAGAGAUCCAGGCACGUGCUCAUGGCCUUCCAGUCAUGUCUUCACUCAGUGCAGUAGAUUUAGCUGCUCAGGUCAUCAAGCAACAGUCAUAUCCAGAGGAGAACUCUGUAGACUACUCUCAACAAAUGCCUCUGGCUCAUGGACCAAAUUCUGAUGUUUGCGAUGGAUCUACAGCCUUUUCUGAUCCACUUUCCCACUUCACCGAUUUGUCCUUCAGUGCAGCUUUAAAAGAAGAGCAACGACUAGAGGAAAUCUUGUUGGAUGACACAGUAUCACCAUUUGGAGCAGACCCGCUCUUGUCCUCCACAUCCCCAGCUGCGUCGAAAGAGAGCAGCAGGAGAAGCAGCUUUAGCACAGAUGAUGGUGAUGAUUUAUAAAAGCAUAAAAGGGCCUCACACUUCCUUAAACCACUUGCUAACAGACUGAGUUGAACAUAAGCAUGGUGUCUGUGCUUGUUCCAAAUACGAAUAUGGAGAACCACUGUGAAGAUAACAGGCAAGGUUUAAAUCAGCAUUUACUUUAGAGGAAAAGGAGAUAUACAUGGAUUCAGAUCACUUUGCCCCAGAUUCACAUCAUCUGUUCACAGCUGACAUUUGCACAAAUCUUUCUUCCCUGGGAA